AUGGACCCAUUUAUGAAAAAUGAAGAGUUCUUCAGACAUGAGCACAUUGGUAUUGAUGUUCCUUUGAGCACCGGUCGCUCUCUUUCUGCCAGAAUCGAACUGCUUAUGAUGCCACGAGUUUACCACCAGCGUUUAGUUUCCAUAAGCUUUGAAGGCACAUCAUACUCCACCAUCUCCCCUACAAAUACAGAAGCCCCAAUGUCAAAGGCCAAAAACGAAUUACUUAAAGAAGGCAAGAAACAUACACUAGCCGCAGAUAAGAGUGAGAGAGCUAAGAUGCGAGAUAUGGAGCAAGUGAAGGGAGUGGUAAGGCACAUAGUUCUAGCCAAGUUCAAAGAAGAUGAAGUUGAGAAACACAUAAAGGACUACGCCAAUCUGCUCAACCACAUCGAACAAAUGAAGUCUUUCCAGUGGUAA